AUGAGCAGCCCAGACGCCCAGGAGGCGCCCCAGCUGGACAAGGCGCGGCACAUCAAAUACUGGCAGCGCUGCCACAAGACGUUCCUCCCAACGCCCUACACCUCCAACGACUCCACCAGGCUCACCUUUGCCUUCUUCAUCAUCUCAGCCCUCGAUAUCCUCUCCGUGCCCUUCACAGCUCAGGAACGAGCGGCCGUCCGGAGCUGGGUCCUGAGCCUCCAGCACCCCGACGGCGGCUUCUGUGGGAGUCCAACCCACUCCAUUACCGGCGAACUGGCGUCCAAGGGGUCAGCAAACAUCGCUGCGACGUUCUUCGCUCUAAUUCUGCUCGGCCUGGCGGCGGACACGGAGGAGGAGCAGCGCUCGGCUUUUGCGGGGGUGAAUCGCAGGGGGUUGCUGCGCUGGCUGAAGAAGCUGCAGAGGCGCGACGGGAGCUUUGGUCAGGUGUUGUGGGAUGGGGAGCCGAUGGGCGGGAGGGACAUGCGGCAUAGUUAUCUGGCGAGCGCGAUCCGGUGGAUGCUGAGGGGAGAUGUGAAGGAGGGGGAUGAGGACUGGGUGGAGGAUAUUGAUACGGAGGGGAUGAUUAAGUAUAUCAGGGGUGUCCAGACGUAUGAUGGCGGCAUUGCCGAGUCUUCAACGGAGGAGUCUCACUGUGAGCACUCUGAUUCUUUGGCGACGGGAGAGACAAGGCGGGCGCUGGAUCGCGGCGUUGCAGAUCGCGAGAGACUGCUCAGAUUCCUGGCGCACAGGCAGUUUAAGUAUCUGUCGAAGCAAGAAGAAGCCGAAGACAGCACGGUCAACUACCUCGAGGCUAAGCUGGGAGACUUGAGCCUUGAAGGUAUCCCCUACACGGGCUUCAAUGGCAGGUGGAACAAAAAGGCCGAUACGUGCUACACUUGGUGGGCAUGCGGCACCCUAAAGAUGCUCGACUGCGAAGAAUUCUACGACCCUCAGCCAUCUUGCAACUACCUGCUUGACAUCACCCAGCACAGCAUCGGCGGCUUCGGCAAGUCCGUUGGCGACCCUCCGGACAUUUACCACUCUUACCUCGGCUUGACCACCGUAGCUCUACUAGGCGGAGCUGAACUCAAGGAGAUUGACGCCGGAUUGUGUUGCAGCAAGGAAGGGGUUGCAAAGCUGGAGGCUGCGAGGGAUGGCCUGCUGCAGUCCCUGAAGAGGCAGAGGGAGCAGCGUGGUGGGUGGAAGGCGGCUGAGUUCUGGGGCAAGGCCGCGGAGAUGGUCAAGGUUAAGUAG